CCAGGCAGUCAACCAGGCAAGAAUGCCACUCAGCAGGGUGGCUCCCCAGGCAGUCAACCAGGCAAGAAUGCCACUCAGCAGGGUGGCUCCCCAGGCAGUCAACCAGGCAAGAAUGCCACUCAGCAGGGUGGCUCCCCAGGCAGUCAACCAGGCAAGAAUGCCACUCAACAGGGUGGCUCCCCAGGCAGUCAACCAGGCAAGAAUGUCACUCAACAGGGUGGCUCCCCAGGCAGCCAACCAGGCAAGAAUGCAACUCAACAGGGUGGCUCCCCAGGCAGCCAACCAGGCAAGAAUGCCACUCAACAGGGUGGGUCCCCAGGCAGCCAACCAGGCAAGAAUGCAACUCAACAGGGUGGCUCCCCAGGCAGCCAACCAGGCAAGAAUGCAACUCAACAGGGUGGGUCCCCAGGCAGCCAACCAGGCAAGAAUGCAACUCAACAGGGUGGGUCCCCAGGCAGCCAACCAGGCAAGAAUGCAACUCAACAGGGUGGCUCCCCAGGCAGCCAACCAGGCAAGAAUGCAACUCAACAGGGUGGCUCCCCAGGCAGCCAACCAGGCAAGAAUGCAACUCAACAGGGUGGCUCCCCAGGCAAUCAACCAGGCAAGAAUGCAACUCAGGCGGGCUCUGGAGGGCAGAACGGAUCUCAAGCAGGUGAACCAGGGAAUAAAAUAAUAACAACUAUCACUACUUCAUCUGGAUCUCAAAGCGUUGUGGUGUCUGGACAAGGAGGGUCAGCUACUACAUCGGGCAUGUCAGAAGGUGGCACUAAUGACGGAAAUAAUUCACAAUCGACCACUAAGACUUCAGGCACUUCUUCAGGAAAUGCUUCAGGUGGCUCAACCUCUGUAACCUCAUCAACAUUAAACAAAACUUCAGAAUCUGGGCAAUCAGGUGGAAACAACGCACAGGGCAAAACUCCAUCAGAUAAGCCAGGGACGAAGACAACUAUAAACAUAACUGAUUCCUCAGGAUCUCAAAGCGUUGUGAUAUCUGGUCAAGGAGGAACCGCUACUACAUCUGGAUCGACAACAGGCAAUACUAAAGAUGGAGACGGAUCAACGAAAUCAACUUCCCAGACUUCGGGCACUUCUUCAGGGAAUGCUACAGCUGGCUCGACCACUGGUAGUUCAACAAAAGUGAGCAAGACAAGCGAGACUGGUGACAACCAAAAUAAACAAUCAGGCGGUGACAACCAAGAUAAACAAACAGGUGGUGACAAACAAUCAGGCGGUGACAACCAGUCAGGUGGUGACAAACAAUCAGGCGGUGACAACCAGUCAGGUGGUGACAAACAGUUAGGCGGUGACAACCAGUCAGGCGGUGACAACCAGUCAGGCGGUGACAACCAGUCAGGCGAUGACAACCAAUCAGGCGGUGACAACCAGUCAGGCGGUGACAACAAAGACAAGCAAUCAGGCGAUGACAACCAAUCAGGCGGUGACAACCAGUCAGGCGAUGAUAACCAAUCAGGCGGUGACAACCAGUCAGGCGGUGACAACCAGUCAGGCGGUGACAACAAAGACAAGCAAUCAGGCGAUGACAACCAAUCAGGCGGUGACAACCAGUCAGGCGAUGACAACCAAUCAGGCGGUGACAACCAGUCAGGCGGUGACAACCAGUCAGGCGAUGACAACCAGUCAGGCGAUGACAACCAAUCAGGCGGUGACAACCAGUCAGGCGAUGACAACCAAUCAGGCGGUGACAACCAGUCAGGCGAUGACAACCAGUCAGGCGAUGACAACCAGUCAGGCGAUGACAACCAAUCAGGCGGUGACAACCAGUCAGGCGGUGACAACAAAGACAAGCAAUCAGGCGAUGACAACCAAUCAGGCGGUGACAACCAGUCAGGCGAUGACAACCAGUCAGGCGAUGACAACCAAUCAGGCGGUGACAACCAGUCAGGCGAUGACAACCAGUCAGGCGAUGACAACCAAUCGGGCGGUGACAACAAAGACAAGCAAUCAGGCGGUGACAACAAAGACAAGCAAUCAGGUGGUGACAAACAGACUGGUUCAGGAAAAUCUGGGGAUAAUACUGACGGACAGGAUAACAGAGGUUGUGGGGUCAAUGAUGAUAUCGACAAUGAAGAAUCAGACGAUCUUGAUCAAGAAGGAGGUGAUGAAACGGACUCUGGAGAUGACAAUGAAUUACAAUCAAAUGAUGAAAAUGAUGAUUCAGAUGGCUCUGAUGAAGGAAAUCGGGAGGUUAACGAUGAUGAUGAGUCUUUAGAUGAAAACCCUCGUCGCAGGUCACGAAGGUCUAGAAGAAGGCUAAGGCGCAUUUUCAGGCGAAGGUUUGGCUCCAAGGAUCCAAGCCCAUAUGUUCAAGGCUUCCCUAUCAAAGGCAUCCCAUUAAACGACUUUAUUAAACAAAUCUUCCCUAACAGAGAUUUUACUUUGGAAGAAUACGAACGGUAUGUUCGUCGUCCCUACAGGAGGAUCCGGGCUCGUGCGAAUAGAAGAAGGCGUAGGGAAAGAAAGCGUUGUUCUUGCAAAAAUCGAAAACCAGAAAACUAGACGCGCUACAAUGCACAUACCUACCUAGAAUAAGAAGUGAAGAAAUAAUCCGACAAAUGCGGCAAGAAAAUGGACCCGAGUUAUUAAUAUUCAAACAAAUAUAUAAUCAAUUUUGGUUGUGGAUAAAUUUUUAAUGGCAAUAAAUUCAAGCAAGCAUGAUAA